AUGCAGACGGCUCGGAGCGGCCAACCAAGCUGUUUAUCAAAUCCGCCUAUCAUCGGCGCGCAGCUGGCCCUUUGCUCCCCGCCCACCCCGCCACCUAAGCUUGGAUUGCGAGAGACUUGGCGCAUCCUGCUUUGGGCGUCCAUGCUUUUCCUGCAUUCCCGCCUUCCCUGGUCCUCUUUGCGAUCGCUAAGGCCCUUUCACCCAAGGUUCUUCUCCACCUCCCGUCAACGCUACGCCGUCGACAUGGGUACCGUGGAAACCGGCGCUCGCCUCGCGCGACUCAGGCAGUUGAUGCAAGAACAGAAGGUUGAUGUCUACAUCGUCCCCUCCGAGGAUAGCCACCAGUCCGAAUAUAUCGCCCCGUGCGAUGGCCGCCGAGAGUUUAUCUCAGGUUUCUCCGGCUCCGCUGGCACCGCGGUCAUCUCUUUGAACAAAGCGGCGCUCUCUACCGACGGACGAUACUUCAACCAGGCUGCCAAACAGCUGGAUAGCAAUUGGACUCUUCUCAAGCGUGGAAUCGAGGCCGGAGCGCGGAAACUGGCGGAGACUCUUGAGAAGAACGGAUCCUCUUUAGUUGGAAUCCAGCAAAACCUGGUUGAUCUUGUCUGGGCCAAAGAUCGUCCCGCACGCCCUCAAGAGAAAGUGCGAGUACACCCGGUGAAGUAUGCUGGAAAGAGCUUCCAAGACAAAAUUGCGGAUCUGCGCAAAGAGCUAGAGGCGAAGAAGAAGGCUGGUUUCAUCAUCUCUAUGCUCGAUGAAAUUGCCUGGCUUUUCAACCUGCGUGGAAAUGACAUCCCCUACAACCCCGUUUUCUUUUCCUAUGCCGUGAUUACACCUACUACUGCCGAUCUUUACGUCGAUGAUGACAAGCUCACUCCGGAGGUCAAAGAACACCUUGGAAGUGAUGUGACUAUCAAGCCUUACGAUUCCAUAUUCGCGGAUGCUCGAGCCUUGAGUGCCGCAAGGAGCAACUCCGCUGAUGGUACUCCCACAAAAUUCUUGUUGUCCAACAAGGCUUCAUGGGCACUGAGUCUUAACCUCGGAGGUGAGGCGCAGGUCGAAGAAACUCGUAGCCCCAUCGCCGAUGCGAAGGCUGUCAAGAACGAGACUGAGCUGGAGGGCAUGCGUGCCUGCCACAUCCGUGAUGGUGCCGCGUUAACUGAGUACUUUGCCUGGCUGGAGAAUGAACUGAUCAACAAGAAGACUGUCUUGGAUGAAGUUGAUGGUGCAGACAAGCUGGAACAGAUUCGUUCUAAGCACGAUCUGUUUGCCGGUCUUUCCUUCGAUACCAUUUCGUCGACUGGUCCUAACGGUGCCGUCAUCCACUACAAGCCAGAAAAGGGCAGCUGCUCCGUUAUUGACCCUGCUGCUAUCUAUCUUUGCGACUCGGGAUGCCAGUAUUUUGAUGGAACCACUGACACUACUCGCACGUUCCACUUCGGUACCCCUACCGAGUUUGAGAAGCGUGCUUUCACCCUCGUCCUCAAGGGCAUGAUUGCAAUUGAUACUGCUGUUUUCCCUAAGGGCACCAGUGGCUUUGCUAUCGAUGUUCUUGCACGUCAAUUCCUUUGGAAAGAAGGAUUGGAUUUCCUUCAUGGAACUGGCCAUGGCAUUGGCUCCUACCUGAAUGUUCACGAAGGACCCAUGGGUAUUGGAACUCGCGUCCAGUACACCGAGGUCCCAAUUGCUGCCGGAAACGUCAUUUCUGACGAGCCCGGAUACUACGAAGAUGGCAAGUUUGGUAUUCGUAUCGAGAACGUCGUCAUGGCUCGUGAGGUCAACACUCCUCAGAAGUUUGGAGACAAGCAGUGGCUCGGCUUUGAGCAUGUUACGAUGACCCCGAUCGGCCGUAACCUCAUCGAGCCAUCGCUGCUCAGCGAUGCCGAGAUCAAAUGGGUGAAUGAUUACCACGCAGAGAUCUGGGACAAGACUCACCACUAUUUCAAUAACGACGAGUUGACUCAGAAGUGGCUAGAGAGGGAGACCAAGCCAAUCUCGAACUCAUGUGGAGCCCAAGGACUUCGACUUCCCCAUCCCGCCCCGUUACCAUACUGCACCCCACGCAUCAUCCUCGACCACCUUGUCGCUCAUUGCGUGCUCAAGAAUGGUCGCCGGUCCCUCCGAACAUAUGAUCGCGCGCAAGCCAUAGUCUCUGAACUCCACACGAACAUCCAAUCCUCCUCUCCUCGGCCCGCGCACCCCCCUUGUCACGUCACAGGUCACCACGUUCCCCAUCAACACGCCGACACACCCUCGGGCAUGAGUGGCAGAAGCGGCUACGGCAAUGGAUACGGGUACUCCGACUCCGGCCGAUACGACAAUGGUGAUGGUAGGUACGGCAGCAGUGAGAAUCUCGGCGUGAGUGGGUAUAGCGGUCGAAGCGCUAGCGGUGAGCGUCGGCCUGGUGGCUACGGAGGCUUUUAUCCUGAGCCUUCGCAGCAGCCUUCGCUUUCGUCCAGUCCAGGGUCAGGUCCGAGUCCGUCGCCAGACCGCAGACGUGAGCGUCCAGGCCGUGAUUACCGCGAUGCGCCGCCGCGACACCCGCAGCCUCCGCCGCAACCGCCGCCGCAGUCUGCCUCCCGUCCAAGAGCCCGACCACCGCCGCAGAACCCCAGUCCCGAUAGACGCUACCAAGCUUCGAGGAACGAUAGACUUCCUCCGAGUGGGCCCCCGAGCGCACCUCGCUAUGCGCCAGAUCACCGACCCGAGAGGAGUUCACCGGAACCAGGUGCUGUGCUCAAUACGGGAGAAGAUUCGGGAGAACAGAUGUCGGUGGAGGAGGUUCUCCAGUCUAUCCAGCGUGAUUGGGAUUUCAUGACAGAUGCGGAAUGCAUACCUGUCAAUGUAGCUCUCAAUCUCAUGGAUACGAGCACUUUGGAGCACCACCAAGGCUUCAAUAGUUCUAUUGGUACUUACCACAAGAUCCAAGGCAAUAUAGCCAGCUCACAGAGCCGUGUCCGAAACCUGAGGGGGUCUUUGGAAGAUGCGAAGAGUGGACUACUGUCCACGAAGCCGGAGUUGAAAGGCCUCGCAACGUCGUCUCAGAAGUACGAUGAUAUAUUGCAGCUUUUUGCGCAGAUCGAAGAGAUUCAAUCUCUUCCAGAAAAGCUCGAGUCUCGAAUUUCCGACAAGCGGUUCCUUGCGGCAGUGGAAGUCCUCCACACAGGUCUCCGGUUGUUACGACGGUCAGAGCUUGAGGAAAUUGGGGCACUAUCCGACGUCCGAGCCUACUUCAAUAACCAAGAAACCUCGCUUACUGAUAUCCUGAUCGAGGAGUUGCACGAUCAUCUAUAUCUCAAGUCACCUUACUGCUCGGACCGCUGGAAGCCUCCAGUUGCAGAGGGAGAGGCCAAUUCGACGAGUUGGACCGGCAACCGAUCAUGGGAGCGUCCCGUAUACAAUUUCCUUGCCAAGUUCGAUGCAUCAACGCCCAUGGUCGAGGAUGCCUCUCGAAAUCCAGAAGCUGACACAUUUUCCUACAUUCAGCUGCUGAUCGAGGCGCUUAAUAAGAUGGGUCAUCUGAACGUCGCUGUUGAUCGAAUUGAACAGCGAUUGCCGGUAAAGCUUUUCGCAGUGGUCGACAAAACGAACGCGGAGGUCGAUGCUCGCUAUCCUACUCCGAACCGCAGCUACUCAUCCCAUGAUAAUCAAUUCAAGUCUCAACUCCCAACCGAGAAUAUUGAACAGCGCGGCCACGUUCUUUCCGAAUUCCUCUGGGCUCUAUAUGCUAAGUUUGAGUCCAUUGCCGAGAGCCAUCGAGUCGUGCACGACGUUGUUUCGGGAAUAGUACAACGAGAGGGACUGAAGAACCGUGCGAAUCUUGCUGAUGGCUUCAAGGAAUUGUGGAAACUAUUACAGAGUGAAAUCCGAUCCCUCUUGCAUGAUUACCUUGCGACAGACGGAGAGGCAUCUUUCCGAUCGCGGGCCGGGGAGGCAGAGACGCGACGGAAUUUCCACCCUAGCAAUCGGGACAAGAACAAGAAAAUGUUCAAGCUAUCUGAUCUUGAACACAGCUCGGAGAUGAAAGCAGAGCAGGAUGAAUUAGAUGAAAUCCUCAAAUCCUCCGUUCCUGGCCUUGUAUCGAAAUCGACACAGAAGGCUGCAACCAACGACGACUCCGUCACUACUAGGGGCAACUCGGGUACUGGCCACAAAAUUCUACUUGAGCCCAGUGUGUUCAACAUAAAGCUGUUGCUCCCACCGUCUCUCUCGUUCAUUCAACGACUAAAGGAUAUUGUGCCGGCCGAUUCAGACAUCUCUAUGAGCACAUUGACUUCCUUCCUCGACGACUUCAUGGUCAAUGUUUUCCUUCCUCAGCUAGACGAAACCGUGACAGAUCUGUGCACGCUCAGCUUUAUUGCAGCAGAUUCUUUCACCGAAGAUCCUCAAUGGUCACAAGUUUCACCAAGGCCAAUCUUCCGUGGCACGGUGAAAUUUAUGACCAUUGUGAGAGAGUUUAGCAAGAUGCUUUCGAGUAUCCCGCAUGACCAAGCAUUUACAAUGCUGCUGAUUGACCAGAUUGUCACUUACUAUGACAAAUGCUGCGGUUGGUACAAAGCUAUGGUCACAAAAGUGUCAGCUCGCAACCAUGGUGGUGCAGUCAGAUUAAAGGCUGCUGCUGCAUUUGCUGAAUCUGGGGAUAUCCAUGGGAUUGUCGAUGAGCUGUGGAUUGGAGGUGCCGGCACAAACAAGCAGACUUUAAUUGACACUGAAAUCGACCUUCUUUUGAAGAAAACUACCGCCGUGCCUUUGGAGCCAUACGACAUCAUAUCAGACCCCAAGACUGUCGUCGCCCUCUCACUUCUCUACAACAGCAUGCAAUGGCUCGGAAGCCAUCUCACAAAGCUCAGACUUGUGAUUGAUCCUGCAACAGAAGCAAGCACGUCAAGCAUAAGAGGGAAUGGCCGCCCAUCGCGCAGAUGGACUUUAUUCGGAGCUGUAAACCCCAGACGAGACAGCCUCAACACCCCAGUCUACCUCCCUCUCAAUAAUGAUUCGGCUGCAAUAUUUGACCAGACUGUUCGAUCGCUCCACACUCUGGGCUCGAACGCUCUCCUCACUCUACACGUCGACAUUCGGUGCGGAAUUAUCCACAUGCUCACGAAGACAAUGUCCGGUCCUAAUCCCCCUCCCAACCGCAACUCAGAGCCCACCACCCCUGUGCCAAGCACGAUAGACAAUUGGUGGCACAUUCUCAUGAAUCCGCCCACAUCUGCGUCGCCAAGUAUCCUUGAGCUGAACAGCGACCUCAUCGCAUUCGACACGAACAUCUCCACAUACCUCGGCCCCGCUGAACGCUGGUUCAUCACCUCAGGUCUGGCCCGAGUAAUCGACCGCGUGUUCGUAGCUUCCACCAGCUUCAUCGGGGCAAUGAACGAGAACGGUGCCCUGCGCCUCCAGCUUGAUGUGCUCGUUCUCCAACAGAACCUCAAGAAUAUUAUCAUCGACCCGAGCGCCAAUCCCGCCACCCAGGAAGUUGUCGCGCUGCCUCGUAGCGCGAAGUUCCUGGACUGGUUCCUCGAAGGCGCCGAGAAGGCCUUAGACUACGCCAAGGAGGAAAAGGAGACCUUUGCGGCGCAGGGCGAGCAAGCAUUGGCUGCUGGGAAUGACGAGCCUUUUACCUACGAGGAACUACGGGUCUUGGUGGAUCUGUGUUUCUCGGAGAUCCUGCGCGGGCCCCGUGGCGCGGAGAACCGCGAGGACUUCAUGUCCGCAAAAAAGGCUAGUGCGGAUGCUCUUCUGCGGUUGAAUGAGGUGAUGUGGGAUGCUCGGUAG